AUGGAUCUAGGGAAAGCCAAGCUUUUGAGGACUGGUUUAAACAGUUUGCAUCAAGCCAUACAUCCUGUUCAUGGAAUAGCCUGGACUGAUGGAAAGCAGGUUUGCCUGACUUCGUUUUACUUUAUCAAUGGGGAGCCAAAAUUCGGUGACACAAAUGUCAUUGGACAGUUUGAGCAUGUUCUUGGUCUCUUUUGGGGGCCACUCUGUUGCACUGGCUCUCCGGCUCUCCUUGCUGUCCAGCACAAGAAGCAUAUAACAGUAUGGCAACUUCAGCUCAGUGCUCUGGAACAGAACAAACUACUGUGCUCACAAACAUGUGAGAUGAGCGAACCUUUUCCUCUACUACCUCAGGGGUGUGUUUGGCACCCUAAACAGGACAUACUGGCUGUGCUGACCAAACGUGACGCGUCUGUCCUGUUUUCCGUCCGCGUGGACAACCGGCGGGUCAAGGCAGACAUACGGGGAAGUGGCCUGAUCCACUGUGCCUGCUGGACUAAAGAUGGAACCCGGCUUGUGGUUGGUAUUGGCAGUGCCCUGCAUUCCUACAUUUGGAACGAUAUUCAGAAGAGCCUUGUCACAUGCUCUUUCUGUCCCAUUUUCGAUGUGGGAGGCUACAUUUGUGCCAUCGAGUCCACAGACGAAACCCAGAUAGCAGUCGCCACAGAAUUGCCGUUGGAUAAGAUUUGUGGGCUCAAUGCUGGAAUUGCCUUCGACCUGCCCACUGAUUCAGAGCUGCUGGCCUCUCAGCAGUCCCCUGUUGUCAUGGCGGACGAGGAUUGUUCUGUGGAUAUCAGGAGGCGAUCUUUCGACUUUGACCGCUCCUUUCACCCCGGCUACAUGUCCCCCUCUGGGCCCACAGACCUAACCCACAUUCUGGCCAAACACAGAAAAUCUGAUCCUAGCCCCCUCAUUCACCUCAGGCGACGAGAUUACCUGACUGGAUCGGGUCAGGAUUCAUCUCAUUUGAUUUUGGUCACCUACGAGCGCAAGGUUACCACCACACGUAAAGUUAGCAUACCCGGCAUCCUGGUUCCAGAUAUAAUUGCUUUUGACCCAAAGGGGAGCACCGUGGCUGUGGCCUCCAACACCUGCAACAUGGUUCUGGUUUACAGCAUCACGCCGUCUGCCAUGCCCAAUGUCCAACAGAUACAUCUGCAAAAAAACGAGAGGCCCAAAGGAGUGUGCUUCAUCAACAACAAGAUGCUCCUGCUGAUGGUUGGCCGACAGAAGUCCAAUGACCCUGCUUUUCUUCCGUCAUCCAACACGGACAAGUACAUCCUAAGGCUGGCGACAAAAGAACUCAUCUUCGAUGAGGAGGCUACUUUGCCCGUGAUUCAGAAACCAGAGUCCCCUAAUAGCUUCCAUGGGAUUAGAAGGCACUCUGAAAACUAUUCCAAAGAGGAGCAUCUUGGAAUAAAGGAUCUAGUGCUUCCAGGAGGCUCUGUAAUCCAUUCACCGGGUAACAGGAGGAAAUUGGUUGAGGAGGUGCGCAGUUCUGAGCCUAGUCCUAUGGCCAGCUCGGCAGACUUCUCCGACAGAGCCUCCUCAAGCGCCUCAUCUAUCGCCAUGGAGACGUACGAUAUGGACCACAUCAGUCGCAUGGCAACGCUAGCAGUGACCGGCCAGGCCAGCCGGGAAACCAGCCGACCUCCUUCCCCCAGGUAUGAGGUCUCGGAGAAACCACAGACUGAUCCCAAUGCCCCGAGGAACAGCUGCCCUCCCAAAGAGAAGAAUUUGGAGCAGCUCACCCAGAACUUGGAACGACUCUUCUCCCGCUUCACUGAGGUGCAGCAGUGCCUGACCGAAAUGAAGGACUGUGCUCAAAAUGGGAAGAAGGCCAUAGAAAAUUACCCAUCUGCCUUUGAUCCCCCAUAUGUGAAUGUAACGUGUCAGAAACAGUUGUCAGAGAAUGUGUAUAUUGAUGAGAGGAGACCAGUUCUGCUGUGUGACGGAAAACUCCGCCUGCGAGUGCUUCAGGAGCUCUUUAACUUGGUUGUUAUGGAGAUGAUGCAUGGGCCAAUGUGGAUUGUCCUAGUAGCUGACGCUGAUGGCUUUGUACCACUGAAGUUUAAGUCUAAGGAAGAGCUAACUAUCAGGAAUGCCAAAAGGAAAUCUCCCUUCAGGCCUCCAGACUGCUCAGAGGACCUGCCGCCGGAUAGCCCAGCGUCUCCCGCUGCGGAAAAAUAA